AUGGCGUCUACCUCGGAACAAACCCACCCUGAAGACCAGGAAGAACCGCCCUAUCCAUUCAAUCUGGGCUCAUACACCCCUUCUCUCCUCCUCCCCACUGCCUCACCUAGCGCGGCUCAAGAAUCCUUUACUCAGGCCCUCCUCUGGUCCUACGCUUUCAAUCACGCCGAAGCUCAGUCUUGCUUUCAGACCGCACUCUCCCAUGAUCCCGACUGCGCACUUGCAUAUUGGGGCUUAGCGGUGAGUGGCGGGCCGAAUUACAAUCUUCCUUGGGAGAGUCUGGGCAGUGAGGAUGAAAGGAGGGCGGAGGUGGAGAAGUGUAGAGAAUGGGUAAGGAAGGCGGCGGAGGUGUUGAAGCGGAAGGAGGGUGGUGGAGAUGGUGUGGUGAGGCGAUUGCUAGAAGCUGUGGGAAGACGGUAUGGCGAAGACUUCAACUAUGCCGCCUGGAAUGAAGCGUACGCUGCGGCAAUGGGUGACAUCUUCAAAGACUUUGGCCACGAUCCGGAUAUUGCGACGUUGUAUGUCGAUGCGUUGAUGAAUCUUCACCCCUGGUCGUUGUGGGAUAUCUCGACGGGAAAGCCGGUGGAGGGUGCAAGGACGUUGGAGAUCAAGGACUUGCUUGAGAAGUCACUCGCCUCAGAAGAGGGUCAAAACCACCCAGGUCUGCUGCAUUUAUAUGUUCAUCUCAUGGAGAUGUCACCAAAGCCAGAGGAAGCUCUGCCCAUUGCCAACCGCCUCCGGAAACUCGUUCCGGACGCUGGACAUCUAUUACAUAUGCCCACACAUCUCGACGUCCUCUGCGGCGACUGGGACAGAGCAAUGGAAGGAAAUCGCCUCGCCAUCCGCGCCGACGAGAAGUACCUUGCGCAUCGCGGCGGGAAGAACUUCUACACUCUCUAUCGAUGCCAUGACUUCCACUUCCGGGUCUACGCAGCAAUGUUCGCAGGUCGAUACGGUGUCUCUCUGGCGACAGUAGAGGGACUGGAACGGACGCUGUUGGACGAUAUCGAAGGUGUGCUGAGACCAAAUGCAGAUUUCUUGGAGGCGUUCUUGGGGAUGAGGGUGCAUGUUUAUGUCAGGUUCGGAAAGUGGAAGGAGUUGGGAGAUAUGAGUAUGCCCGAGGAUGUGGAGUUGUGUAGUGUCACGGCGGCGAUGGUGAGGUACGGGAAGGGAGUUGCGGCGGCUGUGGACGGGGAUCAGAACGAGGCGGUACGGCAGAGGGAGCUUUUUGGAGAAGCCAAAGCGAAGGUCAAGGAGGGGAGGACGUUGUUCAACAACACGGCGAAGGAUCUUUUGAAGGUUGCCGCGGCGAUGUUGGAUGGAGAAGUGGAGUACCGGACGGGAAAUGUCGAGAAGGGACUGGCGAGCUUGAAAAAGGCGGUCGAGUUGAGUGAUCAUCUGCCUUACGAUGAGCCAUGGGGAUGGAUGCAGCCUCCGAGGCAUGCGCUGGGAGCACUGUUGUUGGAGCAGGGAAGGGUGGAAGAGGCCAAGGUGGAAUAUGAGAAGGACUUGGGACUGGACGAGAGCGUGCCUAGGCAGCUGAGGCAUCCGAAUAAUGUCUGGGCGGUUCAUGGGUACGCGGAGUGUUUGAAGAGGAUGGUUGCAGAUGGGAAAGAGGUGGAGAGGGUGGAAGGAGAGCUGAGCGUGCUGAUGAGAAAGGUGGACGUCAAGAUUGGGUCUUCUUGCUUUUGCAGGAAGACGGGAGAAGUGUGA